ACAGUUCACUCAAAGAUGAUUCCAAUUAUCCUCCCAUACAGAGUCCCCCACUCCUCCUCUAAUAAGUGAACAACACACAUACACACACACACUCUAUGAGAAACAAGAAUUUACUGGCUGAGUAAAGGCGGCUGUUUUUUUAACCACAAAAUAAAUUACAAAAGUUUAUUUUAUUUUCUCUCUCUAGAAAAGAACAAAGAAAAGGGAGAGAGAGAAAGAGGGAUUUCCGUUUGUUUACCGAAGAUGGGGAGAAAGAAGCUGGAGAUCAAGCGAAUCGAGGAUAACAGUGCGAGAAUGAUUUGUUUUUCCAAGAGAAGAAAUGGUCUGGUUAAGAAAGCCAAGGAGUUAUCUGCUCUCUGCGAUGUCGACGUGGCCGCCAUUUUCUUCUCCAAGAGGGGAAAGCUUUAUGAGUAUUGUAACGCUAAUAGCAUGGCGCAGGUCCUGCAACAAUAUCAAAGUCGAGUCGAGAGUGGGAAAGAUGGUUGCGAUACAAAGGAUCUGCUGUACUCCAGAAACGGUGAUUAUCUUACAUAUAGUGAGCUUCUCAAAACUGUUGGAAGUGAACUUAAGGAGCCACAUGUUGACAAGAUAAGUGUGGCGGACCUUGGGCUCAUGCAGAAACAUCUUGAGACUGCAUUAAUGGAUAUACGUUCGACUAAGACAAAAAUGACGAGGGAUGCUCAAUCAAGCCUUCAGGAAAAGGAAAAGAUGCUGGAAGAAGAAAAAAAACAUUUCAACGAGAUUGUUGAAGGCAGUAAGUGUGCUAGGAAAAAGAAGGUGGUGAUAGAUCUCAACAUUGCCGCAGACGACAAAUAGAAGCAGCAUACAACACCGGACCUAGCUCGAUCAAACUUUUAUGUGCAAAAUAAAAAUAAAAUAUCUGCCGAAUCAUAAGAAUGCAUGCAGGUAUAAAUAAAAGGUGCUAGAGGAAUAUGGACCUACCUCUUUACUUGUUGCAUGGUGUGUAAGCUGCUUGAACCCUCUUCUGUAUUCGAGCUUUUGUUAAAUAUUGCUAUUAAAUAUUGCUCUGUUUUUAACGGUUGAACAUAUAUGGGAUAUAUGCUUUGCUUUUAUCAUUGCAUACAAAAA